AUGAUGGCCAGACCAUACUGUCUGGUAGUGGCCCUACUGCUGCUGGCAGAGGCCUCCAGCCAUGGAGAAGGGGUCUCGAAUCCUGGGUUUGUGGUCAGGGUCACCAGAAAAGGCCUGGACUAUGCCCGCCAAUAUGGAAUGGCCACCCUGAAGAAGGAGAUGGCCACCAUCAACUUGCCUGAUUUAUCUGGAAGCUUCAAAGUCGGUUGGAUGGGAAGCAUGAGCUAUGAGUUUAAGAGCCUGAGAAUCCUUAACUUCCUACUCCGAAACUCCGAUCUGAGUCUACGCCCAGGGAAGGGUGUCACAGCCUCCCUGUCCAAUAACUACGUGUCUAUCGCGGGGAACUGGAAAGUGAAAAAGGGGUUCAUCACCCUACAGGGUACUUUUGAUCUGAGUGUGGAUGACGUUUCCAUCUCGAUUUCUCUGAACGUGGGCAAGGACCCGUCAGGACGACCCACUGCCUCUGUGGACGACUGCAGCAAUUCUGUGGGCCAGGUCAGCAUCCACACUUCUGGAAACCUAAGCUGGCUCCUGAACGUAUUCCAUGAAAGAAUUGAAAACAAGUUAAAGAAUAUCCUGAAACAAGAGAUCUGCGGAAUCAUCAGGCAGUCAACAACCACACACCUGGAGCCCUAUCUCCAAACGCUGCCAGUCACCUUGAUGAUUGACAAGGUUGCUGGCAUUGACUACAGUUUAGUAGGAGCUCCCUGGGUGACCUCCGAAGGCCUGGACACGCCCUUCAAGGGUGAAUUCUUUUGCCAAAGCCAGUGCUCCCCAGUCCCCCUUGAUGCUCCACCCAUCGGGCUGUCCCAGGAGCAUGACCGCAUGACCUACUUUGCAGUCUCCCAAUAUGUCUUCAACACAGCCAGCCAGGUUUACUACCAGGCUGGGUACAUGAACUUCACCAUCCGAAAUGAGCACAUUCCCCUGGACUUCCCAAUUCAGCUGCACACCAAGUCCCUAGGGGCCGUGAUUCCUCAGCUGUCCAGGCUAUACCCCAAUACAGAGCUAGAGUUGGAAAUGUCACCGGAAGCAGCUCCCUUCCUGAAGUUCAGUCCUGGAAAUGUGACCCUCAUACCAGUGAUGAACAUCCAGGCCUUUGCCCUCCUGCCCAACUCGUCUGACCGAAAGCCACUCUUCCAUCUCAGGGCGAGAACCAACAUCUCCACCACCAUCAGUGUGCGCUCCGGCAGGGUCCUUGGCUCAUUGACCCCAGGAAGUAAGUUGAAAUUGGAACUGAUACACUCCAACAUCAAUUUCUUCAAUGUGGAGUUGCUGGAAACCAUCUUCAAUUACUACGCGACCUACCUCAUAUACCCCACUCUCAACGCAAAGCUUGAGGAGGGCUUCCCACUCCCUCUGCCAAGGGACACCUACCUCAACAGCUUGGAGCUCCAAAUCCACAAGAACUUCUUGCUCAUAGCGGCCAACAUUGACUAG